AUGAUGAGUGCACGUAAUCUCUCGGUCGGCUUUUGCUUGUCACUCUUGUCAAGUCUUGUCCUUGCCCAACUUCAAACAUACAGCCCCCCAGGACAGACUGACAUAACGUACUCAAUCAACGUCCCCGACCAAACCGCGACGAGCGGCUCGGGACCUGUUUUUAUCCAAAUAAAAUCCACCAAUGUCGACCUUGAAUGGCUUGCGUUCGGGGAAGGAACUCGAAUGCAAGGCUCCAACAUCUUUGUCGUCUAUGGAAACGGAAAUGGCAACAACGUCACGCUAUCUCCGAGGCUUGGUGGACCACACGUUGAGCCUCAAUUCAAUUCCCAAGCUCAAGUUUCACUCUUGGAUGGCAGCGGAAUAAGUAACGGCACCAUCACUGCGAAUAUUCGGUGCGACAGCUGCAUCUCUUGGUCUGGUGGGAAGGAAGAUGUGACGAGCUCUUCUGCUUCCUGGGUAUGGGCCGUCAAGUCUGGCUCCCUCAUCAAGUCGGACAGCGUUUCAGCGACUAUUAGCCAGCAUGAUACUUCCGGUGUUGCGUCUGUCAAUCUUCAAGCGGCGACUGGUGGAAACUCUGACAAUCCAUUUCUCAACAACCCUGCUUCGUCUACCUCCCCUGCCUCCUCUAACCCAUCGAAUCCAAGUUCACCGCAGCCUCUGGUAACGACAUUCAACACUGAAUCAACCGACAGAAAACAAAUCGCACACGCGGUCAUCAUGGUCAUCGCAAUGGUCAUACUCUUCCCUACCUUCGCAUUGAGUAUUCAUUUCCUCCCAUCCUCCCGUGCCGUCGCUUUCCACGGCUAUCUUCAAAUCUUCACUCUUGCACUCACAAUCGCCGGUUUUGGUCUCGGAAUCUCACUUUCGGUCGACCUGUACCCUAUAACAGGCUCAACCUACCACCAAAUCAUCGGCAUAAUCGUCGUUUCCUUCUUGACUCUGUUCCAACCUGCGAUGGGUCUGUUGCAGCACCGUUAUUGGCGCAAAGCUGGACAGAAAAGUGUGUUCGCAUACGCGCAUAGGUGGCUUGGUAGGACGAUGAUAGCACUUGGAAUAAUCAAUGCUGGACUUGGGUUUCGAUAUACUGGAAUCGGGGGUACAAUGGCGUCUAAAGGGGUGGUGAUUGCGUAUGGCGUUGUUGCCGGAAUCGUAGGGAUAUGGUAUAUCUUGACAGUGGCUUUUCUUUCCUAUCGCCAUCGCCGUGCAAGGUCUAUUUAA